CUUUUCGCUCCUUCGGCUGGUUUACAUUUCCAGCUUCCUCUAUUUCUUUUCCGACGGAUUGGGAGGAAGACAGUCACCAUGAGCGGCCUACGCUUCCUUGACCUGAUCAAGCCCUUCACGCCCCUCCUCCCGGAGGUGGCGGCGCCUGAGACCAAGGUGCCUUUCAACCAGAAGCUGAUGUGGACGGGUUUGACUCUCCUAAUCUUCCUGGUCAUGAGCCAGAUGCCCCUGUACGGUAUCGUGUCCUCUGACACCUCCGACCCCCUGUACUGGCUACGCAUGAUGCUUGCCAGUAACCGUGGUACCCUGAUGGAGUUGGGUAUCACUCCCAUCAUCUCCUCCGGCAUGGUCUUCCAGCUCCUUGCCGGUACCCACCUCAUCGACGUCAACCUGGACCUUAAGACCGACCGCGAGCUCUACCAGACCGCCCAGAAGCUGUUCGCCAUCAUCCUUUCCUUCGGCCAGGCCUGUGUCUACGUCCUGACCGGUCUCUACGGCCAGCCCAGCGACCUGGGUGCUGGUAUCUGUGUUCUCCUGAUUGUUCAGCUGGUUGUCGCUGGUCUCGUCGUCAUUCUGCUGGAUGAGCUCCUCCAGAAGGGCUACGGUCUUGGCAGCGGUAUCUCCCUGUUCAUUGCCACCAACAUCUGCGAGUCCAUUGUCUGGAAGGCGUUCUCCCCCACGACCAUCAACACUGGCCGUGGCCCCGAGUUCGAGGGUGCCAUCAUCGCCCUGUUCCACUUGCUCCUGACCUGGCCUGACAAGCAGCGCGCCCUGUACGAGGCCUUCUACCGCCAGAACCUGCCCAACGUGAUGAACCUGCUGGCCACUCUCCUGGUCUUCGCUGCCGUCAUCUACCUGCAGGGCUUCCGCGUUGAGAUCCCCGUCAAGUCCGCCCGCCAGCGUGGCAUGCGCGGCUCUUACCCCGUCCGCCUGUUCUACACCUCCAACAUGCCCAUCAUGCUCCAGUCCGCUCUGAGCUCCAACGUCUUCCUGAUCUCUCAGAUGCUGUACUCUCGCUUCUCUGACAACCUGCUGGUCCGUCUCCUCGGAGUCUGGGAGCCCCGCGAGGGAUCCGCCCAGCUGUACGCCGCCUCGGGUAUUGCCUACUACAUGUCUCCCCCUCUGAACUUCAAGGAGGCUCUCCUCGACCCCAUCCACACUGCUGUGUACAUUGCUUUCAUGCUGGUCGCCUGCGCCCUCUUCUCCAAGACCUGGAUUGAGGUCUCUGGCUCUGCCCCCCGCGACGUUGCCAAGCAGCUCAAGGACCAGGGUCUCGUGAUGUCUGGCCACCGUGAGCAGAGCAUGUACAAGGAGCUCAAGCGUGUCAUCCCCACUGCCGCCGCCUUCGGUGGUGCUUGCAUCGGUGCUCUUUCCGUUGCCUCUGACCUUCUCGGUGCCCUCGGCAGCGGUACCGGUAUCCUGCUUGCCGUGACCAUCAUCUACGGCUACUUCGAAAUUGCCGCCCGUGAGGGUGACAUCGGUGCUGGCCUGAAGGGCCUCGUUCCCGGCAGCUAA